AUGGGCAUGGUUACAGGUUGCGAGAUUGCGGAACCGUUGACGGGCGUGGAGUUUCGCUUCACAAAUGAAUGUGCUGACGUCGUUCAAGUGUGGACCGAAGGCAACUACGUCGCAUGUCAACUGGGGCCAGGGGAGUCCAAAGACGACAACUGCGGCGCAGGUGCGUUUCCUGUCCAAGGCUCCUUCCGAGUCAGUAGAGAGGUCUUGAGGUUGGAGUUCACGGAACAUAUGCCAGGGGAUCCGUGGCAGCAAAAUCGGUUUGAUUUCCUUGCAGGGACAGUUGCCGCCUUGAACACCAAAAUUGGUCGAACCGUUGGUAUCCAAGGACCAACGGAGCAAUUGCCAGCCACUAAGCUCGGUGUGUAA